ACGGUCAUACGAUCUUUCAUAAAUGUCGAAAGUAAACUAUUACUAUAUAAAAACAUUCACUAUACAUUAUUUAUUAUUUUUAAAUUUACCUAACAUGUCAUUGAUAUACCAGUUUGAAUUAAUUUUUUGUAUUUCUUUAUGGCUCAGAAAUUAAUAAAAAAACUGUCACUGUCUUAAUGAUGCUCUGUAAAUAUGAGUCAUGUAUUUGUUCCUAUGACCUGUUGAACAAUUCUCGACAAAAUAUAUAAAUAAAACUUUCAAAUCAGAAUCAUUUGCUGGUUCAGAAUUAUAAAAAUCAGUACAAAACAAAAAAUUAUGGAUAAAUUACGGAAGGCCCUUAGUGGUAACGAUCAGUGUGAUGAAGAAAGUGGCUUUAUGAAUCAGAUAAUGGACGAGUCUACUCUAAGUUGGUCAACUAGAAUAAAAUCAUUUGCAUUUUGUUUCGUAAUUGGUGUAUUAUUAUCAUUACUCGGUGCUUUUGAAUUUUUUCUUGGUAAUAUACAUGCAUAUGCCAUUUUAUACGCACUUGGAAGUACAAUUCAACUGUUGAGUACUUGUCUGCUCAUGGGUCCAUUCAAACAAUUACAAAAAAUGUUUGCAUCCAAACGAAUAAUUGCGACGGUAAUUGCACUGGCAUCGAUUUUUAUGACAAUAUUCGUUGCAGUUAAAUUUCCACAUAAACCAGUACUUGCUUUGUUUUUCAUUAUCAUACAAUUUUUUGCAAUGACAUGGUAUUCAUUGUCGUAUAUACCAUACGCAAGGGAUGCUGUUAAAAAAACAGUAGAAGCAUGUAUUACGUGAAGACAAACAUUUUCUUUGGGAAACGGUGAAUUCAGUUCCACCAGAUGUGACCAGGUACACAUUCUAAUGUAUAUAAACGGUCGGAAAACAAUGGCACAGGGGGUAACCAUGGGGUGCCACGGAACUGAAUUCACCUAGGUCCUUUUCUUUACCGAUUAUAAUAUUUAUUUGGAAUCCAAUAAUAAAGAAUUUUUAAUUUUUAAUACAAUGAAACAUUAAAAGAAUAUAGAAGAAUUCUGAAAAGUGGAUUGAUACCUAUAAAUCAAGAAGACUAGCUCUCUAGUUUCGAUUCUCGACGUGAUCGGACGGAAAAAUCGCCUACGCAAAGUAUAAGCGACUCCGCUUACGUCGUUGUGGCGUAACAAAUGUUGAACUGUCGUAAGCGAGUCGCUCUCUUUCAAUUUUGCGAUUUUGCGACUCGUUUACAUUUUUGGUGGCUCUACCGGGAACAACAUUUAAUAAUUUUGUUACAUCAUUCCAUAAUUUAUUUAUAUCUGAUUUUGUUAAUUUAUUUGUGUUUCGCUUUGACAAUAUCAGGGUAUAAUUUAUACAUCUAUAUACGAUUGUAUAUGUUUGUAUAUGUUUGUAUAUGUUUGUAUAUGAUUGUAUAUGAUUGUAUAUGGUUGUAUAUGGUUGUAUAUGGUUGUAUACAAACCGUUUUUCCCGGGUACUCAUCACUUGAAUCAAUUUUUACACCAAUACUCGUAAUAUGUUCCGCAUACACAAUACGAUUUUCUUCAAGGAAAUUUCGUGCCCAUGAAAGUAUAUGCUCAAUAGUUAAUAACAUUUUUUUAAUAAACAAUAAAAUUCUAUGCUAAUGGGAUAUACUUGACUGGAAGUCAUUAGUUUCUUUUUUUGCCAACUGCUUACAGCGAUUGGCCACGCCCACAGUGCGUUUCCCAAUAACCACUGAAAUAUAAUAAAAUUGGAAGGUGAACUCCUAUGUUUAGCCAAUGUCGGGUAUAAGUUAUAAGCCACUGAAAUAUAAUAAAACUGGAACCCGAACUUCGUGUCGCCGAAAGAGAAACUCAAUGUUUGGGAUGUUGUCCUUGUCGGUACAGUCACGUCAACUAUAAUUGGUUGAGACUACUGAAAUAUAAUGUAACUUGUUUUGACGUUAACUGUACACGAUUUAAUGUUCGCAUGCGUGAGUGAGAGGGAAUGCCAACCAAUGCGAUAGGUGCUUUCUUUUGUGUAUUUAUUUUUUUUCCUGUUUAUUUUCA